AACGGAAGCACGAGGGCGGACGUAAACAAACAGUUAUCUCGAAGUAAAGUGUUUUAAUUUUUUUGUGAAAAAUGAAUGACACCGAAACUGUCGUCGAAACUACGGCUUCCGAUAAUGUAUUAAUGGAAAUUGUUAUCGGAACAUAUGAAAGAUUUCUCCUUGGUUAUAAUUUGGAAUUAGAAUCUGAGAAAUUUUCUUUAAAGCAGAGCUUUUCAGAACAUUCACAUCUGCAAUCUGUAAGAUGUAUUGCUUCAAACAACAAGUUACUGGCUUCUGGAAGCAUAGAUGAAAGAAUCCAACUAUAUAAUAUGAAAACACGGAAAGGAUUAGGAACUCUUAUACAACACAAUGGAACUGUCACAAGUUUAGAAUUUUAUGAUUCAUACUUGAUUUCAAGCAGUGAGGACAAAACUAUUUGUAUAUGGUCCACGAAAAAUUGGCAGUGCAUAAAAACACUUAGUGGCCACAAAUAUGCUGUCAAUUCUAUUUCUAUUCAUCCAUCUGGCAAGCUGGCAUUGUCUGUUUCCAAAGACAAAACAUUGAGAACAUGGAAUUUGAUCAAGGGACGAUCAGCAUAUAUUACUAAUAUUAAGAAAGUUGCAGAAUUAGUGCGGUGGUCUCCUGAUGGAUCUCAUUUUUUGGUAGCAUUCCGCAAUGCAAUUGAUGUCUACUCUGUGGAGAGUGCUGCUGUAGUGCAGACUAUCGACUUCAAACAGAAAAUAUGUGACUUAACCUUUAUAAAGGAUGAAAUAAUUGCCGUGGGAGGGAGGAGAAAGCGAGGAUAUCCAGUUAAAGCAUUAGAAUGUGUUUCUGUAAAUUCAGAAACAUUUUUAGUUAGUACUUCUAGUGAUGGAUACAUAAAAGUAUGGUACUUGGAUGUAUCUGAG